ACAAUUGAAUGAAAAAGGACUAAAUUUAUAUGGUGUGUCGCUUCCAAAGUAUGCAAAGUUGGGGGGGCUUGCUCUAGAUUGUAGAGAAUUAGCCAUGCAACCCUUUAAGGAAAGUAAAAAAGAGAGUUUUUCAUUAAGCGCAUUGAUGAACAGUGUCGCCCAAUAACUGAUGCUCUUACAAUUUGGUAUGAUCUGAGCUUUUAGAAUACAAGCUUCUUUGGAUGAUGUAUUUAGGUAUCGAAUCUGAUUCAUCAUAAAAUUUAGGACUGGCUAUUUGGUCCGGGUUUUUCGGUUUUACCCAAAACCGGACCGUAUAACCCGGAUCGAGACUAGACGGGGCCGGAUAGUAAACAAUCCAAUCCAAUCUUUGGGCUUAGAUUUGAGGUAAAAAACCGUUCGGGACCGGAUUGAAAACUGGAGAAAGACCGGAUUGCACAAAACUUAUUAUUUGCUUGAAGUUUAUUACGGAAUCAAAGUCCCAGACUCCAUGAAUUAUGAGGGUUCAAAUUUGUGUCUCCCAUAAACUUGCAAAUUAUAUGUCACAAAAGGUGGAAUUCGAAGAAAUGAUCAUAAAUCCAUAUUGCAAUCAAAGAAAUUUGGGUAAAUACAAUUUAAUAUCCAAACCUUUCAUUUUAAACAAUAUAAUAGUCAAACCUUUUCGAAAACAAUCUAAUAUCCAAAUCGUCAACUUUCCAUCCGUUUGACCGUUGGUUGACACUUCAAAAAAGCUUUGUUGAGGGGAAAUUGUCACAAUACAACUUUGUUUUCUUGUUUUGGCAUUGCAGAUGACUGAAUAUUUAGAUAUUAUAUACCAUCAUGGUGGAGUCAUGGAUUUCUCGGGUUUGGAACCACAAUAUGUUGGUGGUUUUUCAGAGAAGAUAUCGAUGGAUAUUGAUGAAGUGUCGUACUUCGAACUUUUUGAAGUGUCAACUAACGGUCAAACGAACGGAAAGUUGACGAUUUGAAUAUUAGAUUGUUUUCGAAAAGGUUUAACUAUUAUAUUGUUUAAAAUGAAAAGUUUGAAUAUUAAAUUGUAUUUACCCAAGAAAUUUAUAAUCAAAUUCAACGAGGAAACAAUCUAGCAUAAACUUACUCUUUGUUUUCUUCUUCUUUUCUUUUGGGUCUCCUACACCGUAACGUGGCCAAAUUAAAUCAUUAGUAGUCCCACUCCCACUGGAAAAAAGUCCACCCCAUCACUUUCCAUAAUACCUCACGAUUAAAGUGUUAGGUUUCUCCCUCUACGUAACCAGACCACUGUCCUCUUCUUCUCUUUUUCUUCCUCCCUCAAUCUCUCAUCUCAUCUCUCCCGUGAUCAUGUCAAUAUUCCCCAAACUACCCUCCACACUCCCCACCAUUCUCCUCCUCUUCCUCCUCCUUCCGCUCCCCGCCGACGGCGGCAGCGGGAGAGAUCGCCACGACCACGACCACCGCCGCGACCCACCGUCGAGCCACGUCAACUUCUUUCGGGGCCCGCGGCGGAGGCAGGCGGCGUGGUGCGGGGACGAUCCGGUGCGGGCGUGUUCGGACAGGGAGAGGAGGACUACCUGUUGCUUCGGGAGGGUGUGUAGGGACACGCUGAGGGACGCCGGCAACUGCGGCGGGUGCGGGAGGCGGUGCCGGUUCGGGCUCGAUUGCUGCGGCGGGGAGUGCGUGGACACGAGGAAUGACGCGAGGCACUGUGGGGCGUGUUUCGAGGAGUGCCGCCGUUUCGGAGGGCGGCGGGACUGCUCGUUUGGUAUGUGUGAUUAUGCUGCGGGGUGAAAUGAUCUGAAUGAACGAACGAGUGGGUGGGUGCGUACGUGUACGGUUGUGAUUGGGAGUUGCAGCAGCAAAAAACUGUGAGUAAUGGAGAUUGUUUUUUUUUUUUUUCCCCUUCCCCUUCUUGUCGUGGACAAAAGUGAGAUUGUACCGAUGGUUGUAGUGGAGCUAUGUUUGUGGUUCGGAUCGUGUUGGGGGAACAAGUUAUCAAGAAAUAAGUUACUGGCUUAAUUAUGUUUUCUCUUUUGAUUUUGUGUUAAGUUACGACGAUUAUUUUACUAGUACUAGUUGAGGUAGGAGCGAGCUAGCAAUGUUCUUAAAAAAACGUCUGAAUCAAACAAAUUGAAUGCAGUCUUAGAAAUAUAAAGCGGUUAAACCAUGAUCUAGGGAAGACGUACAAUAACACCAAUUGAGCUCCAUGAAUCACUUUUUAAUUAACUAUCUCUCUUCAAGCCAUUAAGAAAACGCCGAUAGUUAACCUCGCUCAUAUUGACGUUGUUUGACGAUGCUGUAGUCAUUUGCUCGUGAAUCGAAACCGAAACCAACCCUAUUGGAACCCUGACGGUAGUAACAACAGAAAGGGGAAAUGUCAAAUAAGCUUGAUUUUUGUGGUGGCUUCCAGAGAAUCUACUCCCCUUGGUCGUGUUCGAUCAGUUAUGCAAAAGAGGUCGUUACAUUAAAUUUCACAUCCAAUUAUGGUUACCGACCUAUGAAUAACUAAAUCUGGACCUUUAGAUUUAAGUGUGUCCAGAAAAUUCAGAUCUAAGGGUUGUCAAUUAAAGACAUUUUAUUUUUCCUAGUUUUCGUAAUCGGCCCUUAUCUUAUUCGUUCUAACUCGGAUUUCAAUUUUUUUUUUUGCAUAGAUGGAACGAGUUCGUUGUGCUCUACAAAAUGAGAUCAAUUUUCAAUAUAUUUCGAGAAACUUUUUUUUUACAAACUACAUAUCAUAUGAUAACUUCUUCGUUUUAAGUCGUUUUUAAAAAUGUUUGCUCAGAAGGAACGAGUUCAUCAUGAUCUAUUGGUGUUAGUGUUGUGGUAUAUGAUCCAUGAUUGAACCUCUCCCAACAACUCGAGUUAUUGGGAUCAACUGGUUCUUGACAUGGUAUCAGAGCCUUCUGUGACCGAAAGGUCUUGUAUUCGAUUCCCGGUGACCCCCAUUUGUUAAGCACAUGGUAUUCUUGUCUUCAGACCUGUGUAAACUUCAAGCCCUUGUGAGUGGUUUUCGUUUGAGGGGGCGUGUUAGUGUUGUGGUAUAUGAUCCAUGAUUGAACCUCUCCCAACAACUAUGAUACUUUAUAGUUGUGAGUGGUAACUUGUAGUAAACAAUGAUGAAAGUCGUAAAUGACAGUUAGUAUACUCCUAUUAUCAUGUAUUCAACCUUCUUACUAUAUUGGUAUGUUCAUACCAUCAUGGUACGCUUUCUUAUCAUAUGGUAUUAAAUAGAAGCAUAUCAUAUGGUAAUAACUGGUAUAAAAGUAU